AUGGCCCAGAACAGGCUCUGCGUCCUAGGCUGCGGCAACCUCGGCACCCCCAUCCUCUCAGGCCUCCUCAACUCGCCCAAUGCCACCCAAUUCACCCACUAUACAGCCUGCAUUUCCUCUGCCAGCUCCGAAUCCCGCCUCAGCACUCUCUUCGCCCAGCACAUCACUUCAGAAAAACUCUCCAUAGCCCGCUCCACCCCCUCCAUCGCCCACGCAAUCCAACACUCAAGCAUAAUCCUCCUCGCCGUCGACCCCUCCCAAGUAACUUCUCUCCUCAACAACCCGGAGAUAGCCUCAUCUUUCCACCUCCAUUCUCCCGACAAAACGCCCAAAAACGAAGACGGGAAAUUAGUAAUAAGCGUAAUAGCCGGUCUCUCCACCACACGCCUCUCCACCCUCUUACCCCCUUCCCCCUCGUCCUCCCCUCUCCCCACCACCGAAACCAACCCAACCCUCCACAUCCUCCGCGCCCUCCCCACAAUCCACGCCCAAAUCUCGCACUCCCACACCGCCAUCCAACUCCCCCUUCCCAGCACUCCCCCCUUCCCAACUCACCAUCUCGAAACAGCCACUACCCUCUUCUCCAGCAUAGGAACCACAACGCUCAUCGCCGAAUCCCACAUGGCCGCCACAACAGCCGUCAGCGGCUCCACACCCGCCUUUUGGGCCGUAAUCGUGGAUGCAAUGGUGGACGCAGCGGUUGCCGUAGGACUACCGCGGGCAAUGGCGCAGGAGCAGGUGUAUAGGAGUAUGGCUGGGAGUGCAGAGAUGUUUUUGCGGGGAUGGAAGACGGGCGAGGUGAGGGAUAUGGGGACGAGUCCUGAGGGGUGUACGAUUGGGGGGAUCAUGGUGUUGGAGGAGAUGGGGGUGAGGGGUGUGGUGGGGAGGGCGGUGAGGGAGAGUGUUACGAUUGCUAGGGAGAUGGGGAGGGAACAGGAUGGGCAGGGACAAGGAGGGGGGAGACAUGUUAAUGAUACGAGGAGGGUGUGA